AUGUCUCUCACUUACGAGCUCGAGCUCGAAAUCAAUACUGGCUUCACCCAAGCUGACACCAUCACGUGUAUCGCAUUCUCUCCCACCGAUUUGUACAUUGCUGCUGCUAUUGGCACGAAUGUUAUGAUAUGGGACAUGGCCGCAGGCAAGCUCUCCUACAUAUCUCCUGGUCGCGGCGCAUGUCUGUGUCUCGCUUGGUAUGGCGAGCAUGCAUUGCUAGCAGGGAGGGCGGAUGGUUAUCUAACUCAAUGCCAUGUCAUCCAAGAAACUCGGGUUCGUUCCAAUCUCUUUGUUGAUGGUGGGAGGAUAUCCAUCUCAUAUCUUGCCAUUUCCCCAGACGGCAGCCAGUUAGCCCUCGGCGGUGGAAGCCAUGUCUCUCUAUGGCAGAAACAAGAUCCCGACGCUGUACAUGUAGUCUGGGGGCAUCAGAAUACCCUUCCGAAACCCAGGCUCGGAGGUAUGGUCCUUGAAUCUCCUGUGGACGUCACUUCUCUCCACUUCUUGGGCGAGGAAAAAGUCGUUGCCACAUACCGCUCCCAUGGAAUGCAGGAAUAUACCAUCAAUAACGGAGGCGUGGUAUCAAGCGCCAAAUCCAUUGCCCACAACGCACCAAUAGCUGCUGCAUCCAUCUCCCAGGACAGGACGAAAGUAGUCAUCCCUAACAACCAAUCUGGGUUUGACGUCUAUGAUCUCGAUAACGGUACACUUUGCGCCGCCCUACGACUCGAUGCCCACAUCAUUAACGGGGGACAAUUCCCUGCCCAAUUUAUCCAUGCCGGAGCGCACAUCGUAGGCGGCGGGCCAAAGGUGGUAGCCAUCUGGCAUCUAUCAAGCCAACAACGUGUACUCAGCAUUCAAUUUGAUGAUGAGCUACAUCCCGACUUGUCAAACGCGCUCGUAGAGGCUUUAGCUUGCAACACGGCUUCUGAUAGUGGAGACGCAGCAAUUCGACCAUUCAGACUUGCCGUUGUCACCAAACCAGCUGCUCUGCUGAUCUAUCGUGGUCGCCCAAUCAAUGCUGCUGCUGCGGCUAGUGCGGGCAGAGGCCCUUCUAACCCGUCUUUCGUGUACUGGAUCCUUCCUGUAUUGUGUAUUGUAGGUGCAAUUAUGGCCGCGGCGGAUAGGCUACGUUCAUAUGAGGUCAUCAAAUUUUUUAACUUCUAG